AAAUAGUCGCAUGAUAGUGGCCAACAUUUCUAAUCAUCUGAAGAAAAAAAUCAUUUCAUUUUCAUGAUGAUUUCCCGAACAUUUUUGCUCCUCUUUUUUGUGUUUUCCAUUUCCAAGUGUGAAGUGCAACUCGGAUGUACUUCUCCGCCACUUCCCGAUGCAAAUGGACUUUGUCCCGACGGAUAUACUCUGAUUACCGCAGGAGGGUGCUGUCCUGAUUCUGAUGUGUACAUUAUCUCUGCCACAACAACCACCACUACAACUACCCAAGCCCCAACCACCACUGCUUCCUCCGGAUCUUGCCAGGACAAGGUCAACCCGAAAACUGGUGUCAGUGACUGCCCUGGCAUGAAGGCAUACUGUAACAAUCCGGCCUACGUUAGUGUCAUGAAAGAUCAAUGCCCGAAAACUUGUGGAUACUGCAGCAGCUCUGCCACCACCGCCGGCACUUGCCAGGACAAAAUCAACCCAUCGACUGGUAGAAGUGACUGUCCGGGAAUGGCUGCCUAUUGUAACAACCCGGUUUAUCACGAUGUGAUGAAGGAUCAGUGCCCGAAGACUUGUGGAUACUGCUAAACUAAGAAUAAAUUUUUAAAAAUUGCUUUGAAUGGUUGUGCACUUUGGUGAAAAACUUUGUAUUUUUUUGACUGAAUUGCCUAAAACUUUUUUAUUUUCAAUAAUAUAAGUUAGAAAAAAAUGCAGUGUAAUCGAUCAAAACACCACUGAAGAAAUUAUAACAGAUACUCAUGCCGAUUUCCUGA